CGGCUUGUUUUUCUCACGCACACAGUCAUCCGGCAGUGGGUCUGGGCCUGCUCCGGACGGCGCUGUGGCUCGAGCCCAGGUUCCCAGGCCCCUCUCCGCCGAGAGGCCCCGUCAGCUCGGGCCCGCGGCGCCCGCGGCCGCUGCAGGGCGACCCCGCCCCCCCCCCUUCGCCGCGCGGUGGGCGCAGCGGUCCGGUGCGCUUCGAGAUGAGCUCGCGCGCAGUCGGCUCACCGGACUGCAAGGCGCCGCCCGAGGUCGACGCGGAGGCGGGCCCGGCUUUGGAGAGCGCGGCUUCCGUGCAGCUCGAGCUCGGCAGAUCUCCCCCUCGGCGGCCUGUCGGGACGGUGGCCCGACCUGCCGCCUGGUCGGCUGCAGCACGCCGGCGCCCGCCGCCAAGAGCACCACGGAGGUCCCGAGGCUGGAGUUCCAGGAGUUCCGCCGGCGCGCUUCCGCGUUGAUCGGCGAGUUCUUCUGCUCUGGGGGCGUGGGCGGCAUGGUGGCCUCCGUGUAGGCGCUGGCCUCCCCAUCGUUCCACGACGAGCUGGCGCACCAGCUGCUGCGUGCCGCCCUGGAUCGCAAGGAGGCGGAGCGGAAGGCCGGUGCCACCUCGCCGACGCGCAGCUCGUUCGGGGGUUCGAGAAGCUCGUGCUGGUGUUAAGUCGUACAUGUCCCUCCUCUACAGGAUAAAUAUUCAAAAGAAUAGUCAAACAAUGUAGUCUGGGGAAGAGUUCCCUACUCUUUUGGACCAUGUUUGAGCGUUUUUGUUGAGCAUGUUCUAUUUCUCUUACAGAAUCCGCCUGUGUAGGGGGACAUGCCCGACCUGAUGCUGGGGCGGAGAGACCUGCAGCUGGGUUUACCGGGAGCGCCAGAUCAGCUGGUCGCGCUGCUCUCGGAGAAGGCCGGAUCUCCGAGCAGGCAAGGUGCGGCAAGGGCCUCUUCGCGCGGAUGCCAGAGGGCCUCCCCUCCUCCGCCUCCUGCAGCGCGAGAGCUCGCCGAGGGGGCGCGGAUCGUGCGGGGCGCUGGCGGUGCACCCUGGAGGAGCUGCAGCCGCGCGCAGGUCAGGACCGAGCUCCGCGCGCGCCUGGAGGCCGACCCCUUCCGCGGCCGCGCCACGGGCGAGCCGACGAGGAGGCUGCGCGCCGCGGGCCCCGAGCCCCUCGGCCCUCGGGCAGGGAACAACAAAAACCACGACGGGGCUACGGGGCGUGAAAGCGACCACAGCCACCGCUUUUCUUCUGUUGCCGCCUUCCAGUCCGCAGAAACAGAGCAGUGGCUGUGGUCAUUUUCGUUGAGCCUGGCACCAGGGAAAUGACCACAACCACUGCUUCUUUUUCGGCCGGCUGGAAGGUGGCGCAAACAAGAAGCAGUGGCUGUGGUCAUUUUCCAGUCCCGCAGGGAGAUUUUUCGCUAUGUUCGGCCUCCGGGGCCCACGCCGGGCCUCGGGGCCGUCCAAAAGCGACCCAGGAUGAGACGCCUGUCCAGGGGAAGGGGUCGAGACCUCCAGGGGUCGACGCAGUGAAAAAUCAUGACGUCGGGGGUCUGGCUGGGGAGGUGGCCGCGCGCCGCGGACGAGGCCGCCCUGCACCACGGGGUGGUCCUCGGAGCUCGCCUGGACUCCUCGGUCGGGAACCCGAACGCGUACCGGACGUCGUGCUUCGACCACGCGGGGGCUGCUGGCGGAGAGGCGGGGCCUGGUGCUCGGCAUGCUCGGCCAGCUGCGCAGCGCCGCCGAGGUCCUGGCAGCAGGACGAGGUGGACGUCCAGCUCGGCCUCCCGCGGCUGCGGGACGCGGCGGAGGGCAUCGAAGCCACCCAGCCGGGCACCGCGGAGCACCUCGUGCUCGUGGCACUGCUCGCGGGCGCAGCGGAGCGGGAGCUGCUCCCCGCCGAGUGCCCCACGAGCGCCUGCCGGCUCCGCUCUUCGGCGGCGCGCGCGGCAGCCAGGCGCUGCGGGCCGCCCGGCGGCGGAUUUCCCCCCUGCACUCCCGCAAGGCUCGGAGCUCCGGCGACGCGCGCCGCUUCGGGGAGGGAGGAGGUUCGCGAGGCGAUCCUGGAGUUCUUCGGCUCGAGGGACGUGGAGGAGCUCGCCCACAUCUCGGAGGAGCUGCACCUCUCGGAGAAGCAGCAGACCGCCUUCGUACGCAAGCUCCUCGCGACGGGGAUCGAGACGGGCGAGUCGGAGGCGGCCCUCCUGGCCGUCUCGCGGCUGCUCGGGAGGGCGUGGUCCGGCAGCGAGGUGCGCGGUGCCUUCGAGCAGCUGCGCGGCAUGGCCGAGGACUGAGUGCUGGACUUCCCGCAGUGCCGGGAGCAAACCACGCAGCUGGUGUCGCGCGCCGCCGACAGUGGGCUCCUCGAGAGGGCGGGCGUCAUGUACCAUGGCAUCACCAUCGUGUGAUUGAGCGAAGAGUUUUGCUUUUAAACCACCACAUCGGAAAGAAUCGCACGUUUCCAUUGUGCCGAUAUUGAUGGUCUCUGAUAUUUUUCAACUUGAGCGUAUGUUGAAUUCUGCCCCGACUCUGGACGGAGUGCAGCUGGGUUGACCUGUCACGUCUUCACAUGUGCAGCCACCCCAGCUAGCAGUUGCGAGGAGGAGCGCCUUGAGUGUCUGGAAACAAAGUAGGCACAGCUGCGUGAAGCGACAGCAUGUGAAAUUGAUGUGUGCAAGAGCCAUUGUUGGGGCCUUGUACGUGCGGCCCCAGCAUUGGCCGCGGCAAGAGCCGGCACGGCCGACGAUGGAGCCGCCGGGUGCUGUUCCGAUGGGUUGCUGAAUUCCCCCCUGGCACCCGCGUCACGUGACCUCUUCCUGUCCUGUGAGUCGGUCGAGAGUCGAGGCGAACGAGUCGAGGACCUGUCAAGAUUCUUGGUUCUCUGCGCGCGGAGCCCAUGACGUUUGAAUACGUGCUCGUUCCCGAAUUUGCAGGCGUGCCUCCUUUCGCUUGUGAAACUCAAAAAAAAAACAAGCACAAAACAAAGCAACAACAAAAAAACAAAACAGAAAGCAUUACACUGCGGACCUCGGUUCCAGUGAGCGUGGCCUCUGGUUUUGCGUUUCUCUUGUGGGGCUCGUGUGGCUUGGCUGGAGAGGCCGCUGGGCCAAUUUCAUGGGCUUGCGACUGGCCUCGCCUUGCCACCGCAUCCCUCCUGCUGCCGCCUUUGCCUCGCAUGGUGCUGUGUCAUUCCAUUGCGGGUCCAGGUUCCAGACAGCUUCUUUCGGAUAAGAAAACACGCCAUGAACAUAAGCUUUUGGCGUUCCGCUCUAGUUUCUUGGAUCCGCGCGGGGGGGCCCCUCUGCGGCGCCUCCUGCGCCGCCCCUGGCUUGCGCAUGCCCACGACUGGACGUCGUCCGAAGGCGCAUGCUUUGCAGUACGUUGUUCGUGUUCCUUCUCCGCUCUCCUUCCUCUUCUCUUCCUUCUCCUCCCCCCCUCCCGCGCCCUUGGUGUCGGAAUUCGAUACGGCACUAUGCCAGCCGAGGGCAAGGGAAAUCAGUUUCACCUGCACUUCAACAACUCGUUCGUUUGAUGCGUGCCGCCGAGAGGCAGGUGCGAAAAUAUCAUUACACCUUGUAUCCUGCACGAGCCGAAUAAA